AAGAGAGAGAGAGAGAGAGAGAGAGAGAGAGAGAGGGCGCGCGCGCGCGUACACGCGGAGGAGCGGACGUCUUUACAACUUUAGUUGAGGAGAAGCUCCGGACGAUGGAGCGGGACUUAUGGAUCUAACGCGCUCGGGACGGGAAAUGGGCGCUCGGCUGCGGCUCGCGCUGCUGUGGGGCUGCCUGCUGCUGUCGGCGGUUGACGGCUCACCUCUCCUGCUGUUCGCCAACCGCCGCGACGUGCGCCUGGUGGACGCCGAGGGCGCGCGCGCCGAGUCGGCCGUCGUUGUCAGCGACCUGGAGGACGCGGCGGCGGUGGACUUCCUGUACUCCGAGGGCCUGAUAUUUUGGACCGACGUCAGCGAGGAGGCCAUCAAGCAGACGCGCUGGAACCAGUCGUCCAACUCCCUGAAGGAGGCGCUGGGGACCAGGCAGUCCGUGGUGGUGUCGGGGCUGGACAGUCCCGACGGGCUUGCCUGCGACUGGCUCGGCAGGAAGCUCUACUGGACGGACUCGGAGACCAAUCGGAUCGAGGUGGCCAACCUGGACGGCACCUCCAGGAAGGUCCUGUUCUGGAUGGACCUGGACCAGCCGAGGGCCAUCGCCCUCAACCCCGCUCAGAGCUACAUGUACUGGACCGACUGGGGAGAAGAGCCCAGGAUCGAGCGCGCCGGGAUGGACGGCAGCAACAGGAAGGUCAUAGUGGUGGUGGACAUCUACUGGCCCAACGGUCUGACCAUAGACCUGCUGGAGCAGAAGUUGUACUGGGCAGACGCCAAGCUCAGCUUCAUCCACAGGGCCAACCUGGACGGAUCGGCACGUGAGACGGUGGUGGAGGGAACCCUGACGCAUCCCUUUGCGCUCACGCUGUCUGAGGAGACCUUGUACUGGACCGACUGGCAGACUCGCUCCAUCCACGCCUGCAACAAACACAGCGGAGACAAAACCCGGGAGAUCCUCAGCGGCAUUUACUCCCCCAUGGACAUCCAGGUCCUGGAGUCCUAUCGGCAGCCUUACAUCCAGACUCCCUGCAGCGACAACAACGGAGGCUGCAGUCACCUGUGCCUGCUGUCCCCGGUCCAGCCCUUCUACAGCUGCGCCUGUCCCACCGGAGUCCAGCUGAAACCAGACGGGAGGACAUGCAAACCAGGAGCGGAGCAGGUUUUGCUGCUGGCUCGGCGGACUGACCUGAGGAGAAUCUCAUUGGACCUGCCAGACUUCACCGACAUAGUCCUGCAGGUUGAUGACAUUCGCCAUGCCAUAGCCAUAGACUACGACCCGGUGGAGGGUUACGUCUAUUGGACGGACGAUGAGGUUCGGGCCAUCCGGCGGUCGCACAUCGACGGCAGCGAUGCCGUGAUGCUGGUUACCACGGAGAUCAACCACCCGGAUGGCAUAGCGGUGGACUGGGUGGCCAGAAACCUGUAUUGGACCGACACCGGCACUGACCGGAUUGAGGUCACCAGGCUGAACGGAACCUCUCGGAAGAUUUUGAUAUCUGAUAACCUGGACGAACCCAGAGCCAUCGUCCUGGACCCCGUCAAUGGCUACAUGUACUGGACCGACUGGGGCAGGCACCCCAAGAUCGAGCGGGCCCACCUGGACGGAACGGAGCGGCUGGUUCUGAUCAACAGCUCCUUGGGCUGGCCCAACGGGCUGGCCAUCGACUACGCCGCCGGAAAGCUCUACUGGGGGGACGCCAAGACCGACAAAAUCGAGGUGAUCGACGUGGACGGCGGCAACAGGCAGACUCUGCUGGAGGACAAGCUGCCCCACAUCUUCGGCUUCACCCUGCUGGGGGACCACAUCUACUGGACGGACUGGCAGAGGCGGAGCAUCGAGAGGGUCCACAAGGCCACGGCCGUGCGGGAGAUCAUCAUCGACCAGCUGCCGGAUCUGAUGGGGCUGAAGGCCACCAGAGUGACCGAGACGCACGGGACCAACGGCUGCGCUGGAGGCAACGGCGGGUGCAGCCACCUGUGCUUCUGGUGUCGGCAGGCGGUGAGCUGCGCCUGCCCCAUGGGGAUGGAGCUCCUGUCAGACCUGCAGACCUGCGUGGUGCCCGAGGCCUUCCUGCUCUUCACCAACAGGGACAACAUCAGGAGUAUCUCUCUGGGGACCAACAGCAACGACGUCCCCAUCCCUCUGAACGGAGUCAAAGAGGCCUCCGCUCUGGACUUUGACGUCUCUGAAAGGAGGAUUUACUGGACGGACAUACAGGCCAAAGUGGGUGGAGGAAUUCAUACAAUCAGCAGGGCGUACAUGAACGGCAGCUCGGUAGAACACGUCAUAGAGUUCGGGCUGGACUACCCAGAAGGCAUGGCGGUGGACUGGAUGGGACGCAACAUCUACUGGGCCGACACGGGCACCAACCGCAUCGAGGUGGCCCGGCUGGACGGCCAGUACCGGCAGGUCCUGGUCUGCAAGGACCUGGACAACCCGCGCUCGCUGGACAACCCGCGCUCGCUGGCGCUGGACCCGGCCAACGGCUACAUGUACUGGACAGAGUGGGGGGGUCGGCCUCGGAUAGCCAGAGCCUACAUGGACGGCAGCACCGUCACCACGCUGGUGGACAAGGUGGGCCGGGCCAACGGGCUGACCAUCGACUACCUGGACCAUCGGCUGUACUGGACGGACCUGGACACGUGCAUGAUCGAAAGCACCAACAUGCAAGGCCUCCAGAGAGAGAUCAUAGUGGACGACCUCCCUCACCCCUUCGGCCUGACUCAGUACCGGGACUUCAUCUACUGGACCGACUUCAACCUGCGCAGCAUCGAGCGCGCGGACAAACGCAGCGGACUCAACCGCACGGUGGUGCUGCAGGGCCAGCUGGAGCUGAUGCUGGACAUCCUGGUGUUCCACUCCUCCCGCCAGGAGGGGACCAACGAGUGCUCCCACAACAACGGCAACUGCGCCCACCUGUGCCUGGCCACGCCGGCCGGGGCGCAGUGCCGCUGCGCCUCCCACUACACGCUGAACCCCGACGGGCGGAACUGCAGCUCUCCCUCCAGCUUCCUGCUCUUCAGCCAGAAGGCCAGCAUCAGCCGCAUGGUGCUGGGCGAGCAGAGCCCCGACAUCAUCCUGCCCAUCCACGUCCUCCGGAACGUCCGGGCCGUCAGCUACGACCCGCUGGACCGGCUGGUCUACUGGCUGGACGGCCGGCAGAACAUCCGCAGGGCCAAAGACAACGGAGCCAUGUCGUCCAUGAUCGUGAGCAGCAGCGUUCAGCCGGUGGACAACCAGCUCCACGACCUGAGCCUCGACCCCUACAGCCGCCACAUCUACUGGACCUGCGAGACAACCAACAGCAUCAACGUGCAGCGGAUGGACGGCGUCAUGGUGGGCGUGGUCCUGAGGGACGACGCCGACAAGCCGCGGGCCAUCGUGGUCAACGCUGAGAAAGGGUACAUGUACUUCACCACGGUGCAGGAGCGCUCGGCGAAGAUCGAGGGAGCCAGUCUGGACGGGACGGAGAGGGAGUCCCUGUUCACCACCGGUCUGAUCAGACCCGUCGCCCUGGCUCUGGACAACAAACUGGGGAAACUGUUCUGGGUCGACGCCGACCUCAAGCGCAUCGAGAGCAGCGACCUGACGGGAGCCAAUCGCAUCGUCCUGCAGGACUCCAACAUCCUGCAGCCGACGGGGCUGACGGUGCUGGGAGAUCACCUGUACUGGAUCGACCGGCAACAGCAGAUGAUCGAGAGGGUGGACAAGCUGAGCGGAGACGGACGCACGCGCAUACAGGGACGGAUCUCCUACCUGACCUCCAUCCACGCCGUGGAGGAGAUGGACCCACAGGAGUUUGCAUCCAACCCGUGUUCCCGUGACAACGGCGGCUGCUCCCACAUCUGCAUCGCCAAAGGAGACGGGACCCCUCGCUGCUCUUGUCCCAUGCACCUGGUGUUACUGCAAGACCUGCUGCACUGCGGAGAGCCUCCCACCUGCUCCACGGAGCAGUUCACCUGCUCCACGGGGGAGAUCGACUGCAUCCCGAUGGCCUGGCGCUGCGACGGCAUCCCCGAGUGCGCCGACAGCAGCGACGAGGAGAACUGCCCCGUCUGCUCCGCCUACCAGUUCCAGUGUGACAAAGGUGGCUGCAUCGAUGCCCAGCGGCGCUGCAACGGCGAACCGGACUGCGCCGAUCACUCUGAUGAGCAGGACUGCGAAACGAUCUGCCCCCCAAACCAGUUCCGCUGUGGCGACAACCAGUGCAUCACCAAGAAACAGCAGUGCGACAACUACUCCGACUGUCCCGACGGAUCGGACGAGCUCGCCUGUGAGUAUGUGUCUCCUCCCUCGGGCGGCGUCCCCAGCGCCGGCACCAACACCAUCGGCCCCGUCAUCGCCAUCAUACUGCUGGUGUUUGUGAUCGGAGGCGCUUACUUUGUCUGCCAGCGCAUGGUGUGUCGGCGCUACAAGGGCCCCGGUGGAACGUUUCCCCACGAGUACAUCAGCGGGACGCCCCACGUGCCCCUCAACUUCAUCGCCCCCAGCAGCUCGCAGCACGCCGCCUUCCAAGGUAUCUCCUGUGGGAAGUCCAUCAUGAGCUCGGUCAGCCUGAUGGGCAGCAGCAGCAGUGGAGCUCCUCUGUAUGACAGGAACCAUGUGACCGGCGCCUCGUCCAGCAGCUCCUCGUCUACCAAGGGAGCCUUCUACCCCCAGAUCCUGAACCCGCCUCCGUCUCCGGCUACCGACCGCUCACUCUACAACGCAGAGAUCUUCUACUCCUCCAACAGCCCGUCCACCACCAGAUCAUACAGACCGUACCACCCGGCCCGUGGCGCCGCCCCCCCCACCACUCCCUGCAGCACCGACGUCUGCGACAGCGACUACACCCCCCACCAUCCGGUGGGCGGGCCGGCGUCGUCGGCGGGGCGCUGGAAGGCCGCGGGCCACGGCAAACACAACAAGUACUACAUGGACCUGAACUCGGACUCGGACCCCUACCCUCCUCCCCCCACCCCCCGCUCCCAGUACCUGUCGGCCGAGGAGAGCUGCCCCCCGUCCCCGUCCACAGAGCGCUCCUACUUCCACCUGUGCCCGCCGCCCCCCUCGCCCUGCACCGACUCCUCGUGACCCCUCCCAACGGCGCCCGUAACCCCGCCGGGAAGGAUGCCGUCCGCCCGCUACAAAGGGGACGGCCUCGUCCGGCCCCGCCCACUUUACCAGGGAAAGAACUCACGUGCCGACUUGUGGCCCUGAGCGGUUCACUCCGCCGCCCAGCUGCUGGGCUCGAGGCCCCCGCGUCCGUCGUCUCACCAUUCCAGUCCCCCCGGAGCCCCCUGGCCGAGCAGCACCGGUCACUUCCACCACGUGUCCCCCACCAUCACCCCCCAUCACCCCCCACCGCCCCACCGCAGGGCACGAAGGAGGAGAUAACACGGCCAGCAGCUCUCAGAUGUUCAUUCCUCCUAAAGAGGGAAGCCCCCUUUGCCCCGCCCACACCUCUCGGUCAAAAGACCUCCACCUGUCCACACCUGGCCGCCACUCAAACUCAUCGGCGCCCAGCCGGUGGGUCGGCGCCGUCCUCAUCGGGCACCGCUGUACAUAGUGUUUAAAAUGAUAUAAAUGAAUGAAAGGAGGAAUUAUUCCACUCUGUAACUUUCGUCGGCCGAUCCACCGCUCGGCGCCGAGGACAGACGACGGGACAGCUGUUAGAAGACAACAGAGACGAUGACCGCGUGGAGGCGUGGAGGAGCGAGCGCGUGGAACGGGGCCGCGGUCGCAGUGUGAUUAUUGUCAUUUCUGGGUUACUGUCCCUCACAUUUCAAAUUGUGAACGAAUUGUCUUGUUUGUUUGAAUCCGACUAAUCCGACCAGCGUUUAAUUUCCCACGUGAGCGCCGCGUGACACCGACACACCAAAUGAGCACACACGUGUGGAGCCACUGUGCAUACGUGUAAUGAAGUCAGCGAUGAGUCUUCUUCACCCUCAUCGCCCCUUUUACCCAAAGUAUGUUUGCUGCUAUCGUGUACAGGCUCUCCUCAGCUCUUCUUAUGACCCACAAUGCAACGGGGCGGCCUCGCUGCCACUCGUACUGACCGUAGAUCAUGAAGCUAUUUCACAGUUAAAACAAAUUAUUCUUAUUAGCGACUUUUGUUAUUCGUGUUCCUGUUUUUGUGUAGAUAAUCGAGUUGUGUGUCCGUCGGUCGCCGUAUUUGGGUUUGAAGGAGUCUUUUCUUUUUUUUUCUUCUCUGUCGUUCAUUAGAAAAGUGAGAGUUUGUGCUGAGACGUUUAGUGCAGGAAUCAAACCGAAGGGCUUCGUGUGCUUCUGGUGCGUUCGUGUCAGUUCUGGUUUGGACCCACCUGGACACAUCUGGCUGAUGCAUCUGGAGCUAGUGGUCACAUGGGGGGGGGGGGGGGGGGGGGGGCUUUGGAACGAAGCGAGGGACACCGCGCUCACGUUUGCUUCCCCGGAGAACAAAAACCACGUUUUAAAUGUAUUUAUUUUUUCCCCCUCUUUAUUUUUGCGAGGGAAACCCCUGAAUGAGUGCUAACGUUAGCUUAGCGCACACCGUGAACUGCAUACAAGAAGAACGCGAGAACGCGGCCUUUUCAGAAUAAAACUUCCGUCUAAACAGGAAACAAGAUUUUGGGCCGAGGGAACUCACCACUGAGUAGGAAGGAGAUGGCGUUUUUGGGCUUCUCCUUUCACACGGGGCCACGUGGACGGAGCGUAACACCAUCCCAAGGAAAAAGCAUUGCCUUUCCUUGUCCCCCCCCCCCCACACAUUAUUCUCUAUGCAGAGGCAAACAGUGUCUCCGUGGUUCAUCCAGCACUUAAUGUCAUUACUUUAUAAUAUGUUCUGCACAAGACCUGGUAUCAAAAAGUGAGAAGACCUUUUAUGCACUUAGAGAAAAAGAAGAGAGAGGGUGUAGUUUCCCAGGAGAGGGUUUGAGCUGAGGAGUCACCCCCCUCCCUCCGACGGAGCGCGGCGAGCUUCCUGCUGGACGCUCUGACAGGAACCUUUCUGCAGAGGGGUCCGUGUGUCCGGGGGAACUUUUUAAUACUACGGGCUUUAGGCCUCACCUCCAACCACUGUCAGUAAAAACCCCUUAAAACCUGUAUUUGUUGUCUCAGUUAAAAAUGCUUUGUGUAAUGUACACCUGUGACAAUUUUUUUGUAUCAAAAGCAUUUUUAUAUAAUAAAGGUUUUAUUUUAAGGAA